AAGGCCACCCGGUUGAUCGAUUAACAAGUUACCGAGUAUAUCAAUGAUCGCCUCAAUCUAUUGUAGCAACUCUCUCUUCCUUCAUCUCUUCCACCAUCACCGUUCUCCUCUGCGCCGCACAAGCACAGGAUGCUCAGCGCAUUUAAAUCACGAUUUAUUUCUGAGGCGCCGACCGUCGAGGCCCUGCUGGCAUCCUGGCCCGCCGGUGCGGCGCCUCCGCGUUUCCAAGGCAAACCCAAGAAGGAUCUCCCCGUCGAUGCGUGGCUCGCGAAGGUAGCAGAGGCAUGCGCUGCACAGAAGGUCCCGAAGACGCGGUGGCACGAAAUUGCACGACACUACAUGAGCGAGGAUGUGAAGAGGAAGCUGGACGAGGUGGAGAAAGUCAUGCGUUGCGUCUCUGGAGAGAAGUGGCAUUGGAAGUGGUCGAGUUUUGGGGUUGCUCUGAGGAGUAUCAGCUGUGACCCGAAGAUGACAGAGGCGAUCAAGAUGCAGCGAAGGUCGGGAGGAACGUGGUGGAUUAUUGGCAGAGGCAGCGAUAAGGGCAAGAGCAUGAAAACGCUGGAGCCCUUGCCAGUGAAAGAGCCUCUGGCAUGGUUCAGGCUUGCCCCUAAGCCUGCAGACAAGCCCGCUGCUAAGACUGCGCCUGCGAAUCCCGCCCGUAAAGUCGCGAAGAAGGUCAUGGUCAAGACUGUGGUCAAGACGACUGCCGUGUCGAAAGCUGAUGGCAAGAAGAGCGAGCCUAAGAACCAGACAGAGGUGUCGGCGUCAUUCAUCGCUCGCACUGUCUCUGUCAUGAAGGGCCCCAUGCAGCCACAACCCGUCGUACCGCCACCACCGCCACCACCCACCGAGAUCACUGCCCAGGUUCCGUUGUGGCUCGUCGCUGCGUCGGAAGCGAUCUACUCACUGACGAACGAGUGCUCGACCACUAUGACCAUCCUCGCCGCCGUACUCAUCACUGUCGGUUCCAUCCCUUCGAUGCCUACCAUAUCAGCAGGAGCCACUGUGACUGCGCUGGGCUCAAUGGCGGUCGGCUUGGGCGCGCUUCUGAGGGAAAAGGCGAUCGCCGACGCGGAAAGGCGCUAGGGAGGAGAUUGGAGAGUUCUCAUCGCAUGCAUGAUUAUGAAGGAACAAGAAGACGGCAGGCAUACCGGCUCUCGUUGUAUGUAUGAGUGCCCAGGCAGCGGGCUGCUGGGUAUAACAUUUGACAUGAUGUUAUGUAUGUAGGCCACAGCCGCUGGUUCGGAUAGUGCUAAUGAUCAACGAUCAACAUACGGC